CUCUUUCUGUUGUAUCACUACGAUGAUCGACUAGAGAUCUAGGGUUUCGAGUUCUGGAAAAAAAAAUUCCCCCAAACAAUGGGAGUAGUAAUCGAGACCGACGUAUGGGAAGCAAAUCAAGCGUUGUAUAUAUUCAUAUUCUUUUCUUGUUUCUUGUCGAUUGUUUGUCUACCUCACUUCUCCUCCAACUCCAACAGAACUCCCGCCAUCUUCGACCACGCUCUUCCUCCUGCGUUCCUUCGCUUUCAGAGAAGCUUUCUUCUCCUCUGUUCUCUCUCUUCAGUGUUGGAAGGGCUGUGGUCAGUGUUUGGAGAGUCUGAAUUGGCAUAUUAUGGUGUGAGUAAAGAGCAGAUAGUGCUGUCUCUGUGUGUUGGAUAUGCGGUUUCUCUCUUCAUUGGCCCUUUCUUAGGCAUAGUCUCUGAUCUAAGGGGUCAUAAGAAAGUUUGUUUAUUGUUUUACAUACUGCACCUUCUUGUUGGAAUAUGGAAGAGGAUUAUUGCACAUCCAAGUGUUUGGUUAGCAAGUGUCUGUCUCUCUCUUGCCACUUCUAUAUCUUUGUUCAACUUUGAGACAUGGAUGGUAGUCGAGCACGAUAAGCUAGGGCUUAGGCAAGAUACAUUGAAUGACAUGUUUUGGUUAAUGACGUUUGCUGAGGCUACGUCUUUCAUUGGAAGCCAAGUGCUCGCAAAUUGGCUGGUUGGUAGUGAUGCUGAGAAACUUAUGGUUUUUCCUUCCACUGCAGCUAUGUUGCUGGCACUAUUCAGUAUUAUCUAUGUCACUCAACGAUGGAAAGAAUAUCCACGCACCGCAACAUUUAAGGAUUAUAGAACGUCUUUCUGCACAUAUAUUUUUGGCGAUAAAAGGAUAUGGCUUUUGGCAUGGGCGCAAGCAUGUGUCCAGUUCUCCAUUAUGGUUUUCUGGAUUCUUUGGGCUCCGACGAUUGUGGGUUGAUAUAUCCAUGCUUGCUGGGUGCCAGAAUGCUAGGAAGUACUGCAUUCCCAUGGUUCUCUAAUGGACCAUUAUCCUUUCGGACUGAGGAUUGCCUAUUGUAUGUGUUCAUUAUGAUGGGCUUUGUUUUGUCAAUAGUAGCUUAUGAUUAUCAGGAAAUUGGAGUUCUUGUAACAGUAUUUUGCCUAUUUCAUGCUUGCAUGGGAUUGGUUUUACCUUCACUUGCCAGAUUGAGGACCAUGUACACUAUUAUGUUUCUUUGCUUUUAAUCAGUAUUCAAAUUAAUUUAAUCCCUCAUUUUUUAUGAAGGGACAUUUUUUCCUGGUUCUUGUUCUCUGUGCAGGUAUGUGCCAAAUGAAAUACGGGGAGGAAUGAUAAGCCUGUCUCUUGCACCUGCAAAUGCAGCAGUUCUGUUUUUCCUAGUGCAAGGAGGCUACUACCGGAACAUUGGCAAUUCAACAAUCCUAGCAUUUGCUGCUCUUGGUCUUUUCUCUGCAGCUGGUUGCAUGCAUCUGUUGAAGCAAUGGGGGAAGCAGAUCCAUCAAAACUGGCGCAAACUAUGAUUUAACUCUCCCUCAUUUACGGUUCAUCACACAAAUCAGGUGCUUUUAUUGCUGUUAUCACGCAGUUGAUGGUAAAAGUGUGGAAAGAAGUUAGAGACGAGAAAAUUCUGUGCUUCCAUAUUCCAACUAAAGCAUGAAAGGAAAUCUGCUUGAUGAAGGAUGGCAACGGAUAUAAGCGCAACUAUCAUUUUAUAAUGUCCAAAAUACAUUUUUGCAGCAUUCAAGAGAAGUGAAGAGGAGAUUAAUACGGUAUGAAGUUUGAUUUUCAACCCUUGAGUUUUGUUUGUAUCGGCCCAACUUUGCAUCCUCGGAUGCGCUAACUGGAGAAAAGGUAAAUAUGGUGAUUACUGAUCUUGCAAUUAUGCUGAUGAAGGCCUUUUGGUGUUCAAAUCUGAGGGUCUAGUUCCUGGACACGACUGCGUAGUAGAGGGGUCAAUAUGAAAAACCUCAUAAUUAGUAUUCUUCCAUUCUUUAGCAGGUCAGCUGGAUUGUCCUAAAGCAUUUGGAUACUUCCGUAAUGGAUGGAAAAAAAACAUUGGCAUAUUCUGAAGUGGAGGGGAAUGUGGGCUUAUUUUGUGAUAUAUUUCAUUUUGUAGGUUUUUGAGGCAUUUUUCCAAGGAGCAUCUCACUUUAUGUUGUGGUAAAUUUAUAUCUACUGCAUGCCAAAGAUUUAAGUCGGGAACAAUAUUUUCCUGUAAUUUUUCAACAUCUCGAAUAGAAUUGAAU